CAUUGCAUAGUUUACUUGAUGUGACUGCGGCUAACGGUAGUCUACUGCUUAAGUAAAUCAUCUUUAAGUGUACUAAACAAUACAAUGUCGUCUGGAGCGUUGUUUCCAAGCUUGGUGUCCGGUUCUCGUGGAUCCUCCAGUAAAUACUUGGUGGAAUUCCGGGCCGGAAAAAUGACUUUGAAGGGGAGCACCGUGACCCCUGACAAGCGAAAGGGUCAAGUCUACAUCCAGCAAACAGACGACUCCCUGAUUCAUUUCUGCUGGAAGGACCGGACGACUGGAAACGUUGAUGAUGACCUCAUAAUUUUCCCUGAUGACUGUGAGUUCAAGAGAGUUACCCAGUGCACCACAGGGCGUGUUUAUGUGCUCAAGUUCAAAGCUGGCUCCAAGCGCCUUUUUUUCUGGAUGCAGGAGCCCAAGACGGAUAAGGAUGAGGAGCACUGCCGGAAGGUGAACGAGUACCUGAACAACCCUCCCAUGCCUGGAGCGCUGGGCAGCGGAGGCAGUGGCAGCCACGAGCUAUCUGCUCUGGGAGGAGAAGGUGGCUUGCAAAGCCUUUUGGGUAAUAUGAGUCAUAACCAGCUGAUGCAGCUGAUUGGACCAACUGGACUGGGAGGCCUUGGUGGCCUGGGAGCUUUAGCAGGUCCAGGCUUGGCAAGUUUACUGGGCAGUGGAGCUGGAGCUACCAGCAGUUCCUCAUCCAGCUCUCGCAGUCAGUCCACCGCCGUCACGCCCUCUUCCACCUCGGCCGCCACCCGCCUGGGCUCCUCCCAGGUGCCCACUACACCCACCACUCCCUCGGCCACCUCCGCGGCGUCUCCGGCCGCUACGCCCACCACGCCAUCAGGCCCUGCCCCGGCUGCAGGGGCUGCCAGCCCCACCCAGCCCAUCCAGCUGAGCGACCUCCAGAGCAUCCUGGCCACCAUGAACGUGCCCGCCAGUGGCCAGGGAGUGGAUCUGGCGAGUGUGUUGACCCCGGAGGUGAUGGCUCCUAUCCUGGCCAACGCAGAGGUGCAGCAGCGGCUCCUGCCCUACCUGCCCUCAGGGGAGUCCCUGCUGCAGAGCGCCGACGAGCUCCACAACACACUCACCUCGCCGCAGUUCCAGCAGGCGAUGAGCAUGUUCAGUAGUGCUCUGGCAUCUGGUCAGCUUGGGCCACUCAUGAACCAGUUCGGCCUUCCCUCAGAAGCAGUGGACGCAGCGAACAAAGGAGACGUGGAGGCGUUUGCUAAAGCUAUGGAGAGCGAUGGCAAGUCAGACGAAGACGGUGAGCCUAAAGACAAGAAGGACGAUGACGAAGAUAUGAGUUUAGAUUAGGCUCCUCCCUCACCUGGCUUCUGUAACUCCUCCUCCUCCCCUGUGUCCUCGGAGUGUUUCAGUGGAUUGUGACAAAGUGUUCCAAGAUGAUGUGUUUGUGUGUGUGGUCCAAAUAAAUAUAACUUAUAAGUGA